AUGAUGAACAUGAGUAUCGGCAACUUGGGCGAAUAUCUGAGUGGGCUGGUGGGUCAUGGCUCCUCACCACCGAUGCCGCCCAGCAGUCUAGGUGACCAGUACAACAUGUCACAGGCGGCAGGUAAACAUUGUUUAUACUUUAUUGUAGGACUGUCUAACUCGCACACCCCGGCGAAAGUCAACGACUCCACGGGCACACUGGGCAGUGUAUCUCCAAGGUCUGAUGACUCGAACCCCGCCCAAGAUGAAUCUUCUGACCUGUCCGCCACUGACAUCAAGAAACACAUCGGUGCCACCACAAGAGAUUGCGACUCAUCAGCAGACGAGACCGGGGAUGAGCAGUCGAAGACCUAUUCUGGUAUUUCAACACUGUCCCAGGAAUCGAGAAAGUUCGCAGACGUCAAGCCGCCAUACUCCUAUAUUGCUCUGAUAACAAUGGCAAUAGAGAGCUCCACUAAUAGGAUGAUGACACUAAAUGAAAUCUACAGCUAUAUCAUGGACAAAUUUCCAUAUUUCAAAGAAAAUCAACAAAGAUGGCAAAACUCGAUUCGACAUAACCUAUCGCUCAAUGACUGCUUCAUCAAAGUAGCCCGAUCAUCUGGAAGACCUGGCAAGGGCAGCUACUGGGCCUUGCACCCUAGCUGUGGAGAUAUGUUCGGUAACGGAAGUUUUCUUAGGAGAGCUAAGCGAUUCAGACUGUCUAGAGUCAAAGCUGAGAGCACAGAUUCUAUCCCUAGCGCUUAUGGGAGUAUUAAUUUAUAUAAUUCACACUCAGCCAGGUACAAACCCUACUCUUAUAAUCCAAUGGCUUUUAGUUCAUUAUCGAACGAGCUUUCUCAGGCCCAACAGUAUGUUGCCCAGCAAAAGUUCGCAGCCCAUCAAUGGUCUUCCGUAGCUGGAUAUGGAACUUAUUAUAACAACAGCGGCACACAUGGAAUGCCUCCGACGCCGGUAUCUUUGAGCAGUGGACCAGCAGCGGGUACAUAUUUUCAGAGUCCUAGUAUGGCAAAUCAGUGUAUGGGCAUGCCCUCCUACGGGUCGCAUAAUUUUGCAGGCCCCUCACAGAUCAACGGUUACGCACCGGCACAUUUUGCAGGAGGCUCACACAUAAACACUUCGUCCUUGUCGUGCUUGGAAUCGCCCAAAUUUCCAGUAUCGUAUACCAGCCACCAGUUUCCAUCGCCCAACCUCAGUGGUUCGUAUUUCAGUAGUCCAGCAAUGCCAGGAUCUCAGUUAGCAAACGCAUUUCACGUUCCUGCCACGACCAAUACAUCGCCGACAUCAAGCUGUAGUAUCCGCAGCAAUGGUUCAUCGCUGACGCCAAAUACAUACUCAUGUUCAUCAUACCAACCCAAUUUGUGA